GAAGCGGCGCUGUCGUGUUGCGAACGUCGCCCGGUGGCUGUGAAGUGUGAAUCCUGAAUUCGGAAAGAAGAAAAGAGCUAUUUUGGCACCAUGUUUUUGAGACAGGUCCUUUUGAGGCACACUUGUCUACAGAAAUCUUUAGCAGUGAGUAGCUUUGGAGGAGUAAUUUCAAAGUCUCCCAAAAGUUGCUGGAUUGAUUAUUUAGGAAGGAUCUCUGUUUGCUAUGGCAAAUGCUUUUCUACUAAAAUAGUUCUGGGAAUAGAAACUAGCUGCGAUGAUACAGGAGCUGCUGUGGUGGAUGAAACUGGCAACAUUUUAGGAGAAGCUCUACAUUCUCAAAGUCAGGUUCAUUUAAAAGCAGGUGGAAUUAUUCCUCCGGUAGCACAGCAGCUUCACCAAGAAAAUAUUGUGAGGAUAGUACAACAAGCACUUUCUGUUAGUGGCAUUUGUGCGCAUGAACUCUCGGCUAUUGCGACAACAGUAAAGCCAGGGCUUGCCUUAAGCCUCGGAGUAGGUCUGGACUAUAGUUUAGAACUGGUGGAGAAAUACAAAAAGCCUUUCAUCCCUAUCCAUCAUAUGGAGGCACACGCCCUUACUGUUCGUCUGACCGACCAUGUGGACUUUCCAUUCCUAGUACUUUUGCUCUCCGGAGGUCACUGUAUACUGGCAGUAGCACAAGGAGUUUCAGAUUUUCUUCUCCUUGGACAAACAUUGGACAUUGCACCGGGGGACAUGCUGGAUAAGGUAGCCAGAAGACUUUCUUUGCAAAAGCACCCAGAGUGCACUGGCCUGAGUGGUGGAAAAGCAAUAGAACACUUGGCACAACGGGGAAAUGUGCUAAAUGUUGUAUUCAAAGUUCCCAUGGAGCGACAUUGUAAUUGCAACUUCUCUUUCACCGGACUUCAGAGCCAAAUCACUAGAGAGAUUGAACAAAAAGAAAAGACUGAAGGGCUUCAGGAAGGUCAGCUGCUGUCAUGUAUCUCAGACCUGGCUGCAGCAGUCCAGUAUGCACUAACUGCUCACAUUGCAAAGCGAACACACCGGGCCAUUCUCUUCUGCAGAAAGAAAGGUAUCUUACCACCAAAGAAAGCCACUUUGGUGGCUUCAGGUGGUGUUGCAAGUAACCAGUAUAUCCGCAAAGCUCUGCAGAUUGUAACCGAGGCUACUGACCUCACCUUGCUAUGUCCACCCCCAAGACUCUGCACUGACAAUGGUGUUAUGAUUGCAUGGAAUGGCAUUGAAAGACUUUGUGCAGGAUUGGGUGUCUUAUAUAGCACAGAAGGCAUAAAAUAUGAACCAAAAGCUCCUCUUGGAAUUGAUAUCUCAGAACAAGUGAAAGAAGCUUCUAUCAAAGUGCCAGCACUAAAUCUGACAAUGUGAUAUUUUAUUUUUUCAACAAGUGAUUGUGAAAAGUGAAUGUCAUCAGAAUCAAACACCUUCUGAUGAGAACUAGCCACCUUGACUGCCAUUUUUCUUGUAGAAAGGUAGGGUAUAAAUAAAUAAAUA